ACGUCAUAAUUUUUCCAAACAACUGCAUUUUCAUUGAGGGUCCGUGCUGCUCUUCACAUGUCGCUGCCUCAUUUGCCGGGGAAAAUACCGUCUAAUGAAAGCAAGUGUCUGUUUUGGUGGGGGGGAUUUGCCAUCCGAAACCGACCGGCUCUAUCUGCGUGGAAUAGGGAAUGAACGACGAGACAACACCGGACAGCUGCAAGAGAAACUCUGGGUGCUCCAGUAUUGAGCAAAUGCUGGCUGUGAAUCCCGGAAAGACGCCCAUCAGUCUGCUGCAGGAGUAUGGAACGCGGAUAGGCAAGACCCCAGUGUACGACCUGCUGAAGGCCGAGGGACAGGCCCACCAGCCCAACUUCACGUUCCGCGUCUCCGUCGGAGAGAUCAGCUGCACCGGCCAAGGGCCCAGCAAGAAGGCAGCCAAGCACAAAGCAGCCGAGGCUGCUCUGAAGAUGCUCAAGGGAGGCUUCGGAGGUCCCGCUGGAGUUGGUGUCGGAGUAGAGGGGUUUAUUGGUGUUGAAGUGCCCGCUGAUGGAGACAGCUCCCAACCAGAAAUGAAGACUUCUGGCACUUCUCAGCAGUCUGAAUGUAACCCUGUGGGAGCUCUGCAGGAGUUGGUGGUGCAGAAAGGAUGGCGUUUGCCAGAGUACACUGUCACCCAGGAAUCCGGUCCAGCACACCGCAAAGAAUUCACCAUGACCUGCAGAGUCGAGAGAUUUGUAGAAAUUGGAAGUGGCACAUCCAAAAAGCUAGCCAAGAGGAACGCAGCAGCUAAGAUGUUAUCACGUAUCCACGAUGUCCCAGUAGACCUGAGGACCAGCAACGAUGCCGACACAGAAGAGGACACAUUCACCAUGCACAUGGGGAGCAGAGCUGAGUCAGGCAAGUGUAAAGGCUUCGGCUGCACGUGGGACUCGCUGAGGAACUCAGCCGGGGAGAAGAUCCUGCAGCUGCGCAGCCACCCGCUGGGCGACUCCAACUUCUGCUCCCUGCUCAGUGACCUGUCAGAGGAGCAGCGCUUUGAUGUCAGCUACCUGGAUUUAGAGGAGCGCAGUCUGAGCGGCCUGUGCCAGUGUCUCGUGGAGCUGUCGACCCAGCCAAUUACAGUGUGCCAUGGCUUCGCCCCAAGCACCGAUGCCGCUCGCGCCAACGCUGCCCACAAUGCACUACAAUACCUCAAAAUCAUGGCCGGGGGGAAGUGAUGUGCCGUGUCAUCUUCCUCCUCACAGACUGAAACACGCCACUACAAUGCCAUGAUAGAUUCUCAACUCUGGAGGACGGAGACACUUCUGUUGUCAUCAAAAUGACCAUUGCCUUUUUGAUUAGAUUGAAUUACUUUAAUUACCUGAGAUGGGGAAAUUGAGACUUCUUCCCAUCCCAAAAUUACCCCUGGAGCCCCCUUAAGUUGGCCUGAUUGAAUUGUAAUUGUUGCCAAUGAAGAUAUGGUUGCCCAAAAAUACACCCCCAUCCCUCCCUUGACUUUUUGCACGUGUUUACUUUACAAAUGAUUUCGAAAUGCAUUGAGAUAUUUGGAUUUUUUUUUUUUUUUUUUUUUAUCAUCCAUGCAUUGAACGGCAUUCUAUCAAAUUGUGGAAUAAGCUAGUUACUUGAGAAUGGCGUUUGGAUCCUGUUCCUUGAGUUUAAAAACCCCAAAAUCAAUCUCCACAAUCCCAACAUUGUAUGUGGGAAACGGAGAUGGUGCCCCUGCAGUGAGUUGCAAAAGAAAUGCUGAUAUUUUCCAAGAAAAAGUGCAAAAGGUCAAAGGGGGUGAUACAAAGGGGAUUGGUAUGGAAUCCCUGAUCCUUGGUGCUUCACCUAAUGACGAUUCGGAUGGAUGGAUGUCAACUCAGAUGUCUCGUCAUGCUGCUGAAACAUGGAGACAAGGACUCUACCAGAAGAUAAUUAUUUUAAAGACAGUCCCACUGGCAGAGGAAUCUUUAUUUUGUCACUCUGAAAGAUGAUGGUUUUGGUUGUAUGUUGGUUUCGUAGUUGCCAACCCUAAAACAGACUGAAUUUGCCACUGUGGUAUGUUUAAUAUCGGGCCUUAAAGGUUUGAAUUUAAAGAUUUUUUUCCCCACUCUAAGAUUUAGUUAAGAAUUAUACCAGGAUGGAGGAUGUGCUAGAAAUCAGUAUCAUGAUAAUCAUACAGAUUUUUAAAAUAUCUAUAUAUCAUGAUAUGGCUUACUUAUGUAAAAUCACACCAAAUACUCAAAUUGAGGUUCAUCACACUGAACUGAACAGUGGCGUCAAGUGUUAUGUCAAACAAAAUAAUGUUCCUUAAAAUGUUUAAUGCCUCAUUUUGUUGAAGGUUUUUAAAUUAAAAGUAGCUUAUUAUCAGUUUAGACAACACAGUUUUAUAUCACAUUAUCACCAUAUGAUUUCACUGACAGGCAGUAAGUGAUAAUGCUGAAUUAUUGCCCCGUCCUGGGAUUACAAUUAAAUAAGGGAUCUCAUCAAAUCAGUUGUUUGUAGUCUGAAAGUUAACCACAUCUAUUUGUUUCCUUGUUUGCUGGAUUUUACAAUUACACUUUGGGAGGAAAAUCAAUAGAUAGCAGUGUAUGGGUUAAUUAAAUGUCAAUACCGCGGUCCAUUGUCCCCUAAGAUGUGCUUGCAUGAGUUUGCCAGAUAAAUGUAAUGGAGACUGAUUUUAAGGCAUUUUAGAAAUUCACCACCAAAUCGUACUGUUGUGUGAAACAGUUGUGAUAUUGACUCCAGAACAUGCUUAAAUAAAUUACUGUUCUUUCUUAUUGAGGCUACAAUUUCACAUAUUUCAAUUUUGGGUCUAAAUAGUUGGGCUACUUGAUGGAAAACACUGCAACAAUAAGAUUAGACUGACUCUGUCAUGUGCAAACAAUAUAGCAAUAUUGGAACUGUUGACAACUUCUUCAGCUCUUUUCUACCAGUUACAUAUUUCUUAAUGUUUUACAUACCACUCAGUUGGAAUGUAAAGAAAAUAAAGAUUGCAACAUGACUGUGGCGAAAGAGAUGACUUAAGUGAUGCUGUACCCUGAUAAUGAAAUGUUGCAAUAGCUGGAUCAUAAAAAACAUGUCAAAACCAGCCUUUUGACUUGGAGCCUUAUUAAGUUACCAUAUACUGUCAUGGUGUAUUGAUGUCAUUGUCUCAAGAGUGACUGUCUGCUCAUGCUGUUGCCCAUCCAGUGCUGUUUUGGGGUCCCUUAGGAUGUUUUCUGUCACCUGUAAUGGAUUAACAAGUCUGUUGGGUUGCAGUUCACUUUUGUUCUCCAGUGCUGCUGUGGUAUGAUCAGAUCAGUGUUAAUCCACGUUGUCUGUGUGAUCUGUAACGAAACCUGAAAAUUUGAAAGUUUCACAAUGAGGAAAAUAUGCCAGACUAUCUUCUUUAAUUACUGCUACGUUCUUGUGCUAUCAACCUUGCUAAAGUUAUUAUGACCUAUCUGCUGUUGUAUUUCCGUGCACUCAGCUGAAAAAGUCAAAGUACUGACAACGGUAAAGAGCUUGAACUACCUGAAUUGAUCACUUCCUUUUGCACAAUGCCGGCUGACCAACCUUGUGUAGAUCUACCUCUCCUGGUACACAGUACAGUAUGUUUGAUGUAACCUUGACUUUAUUAUCUAGGUGGUGACUCCCAUAUAAGUUAAAAAGGUAGCAUAUUGUCUCUAAUUCUUGAAAUAAGAAUAUUUGGUUUGUUGGUUAAUCGUGUGUGCUGACACCACUCAGCAUCACUGCCUGGAAGUACUGUCUGAGAUGAAUCAGAAGAUGGGGGAGAUGCCGCUUAUGAUGGUAGAAAAUGUCAUCUGAUAUGGCAAAACAAACAGUGAACUGAAGUGAAAUGUGACCACCAUGUGAAACUGACUGUGAGUUGCUUUCAAAUAAAGCAUUUUUGACAUUUUA